GGCAUGAACAGCCAGUACAGUCGCCACGAGGUCUUCAGCCUCCACUCCUGCCACGAACUCAGGACCUUCUGGGAGAAGGAGAUCGGGAAGCAGAGCGGAUACCGGGAGCGCGAGGAGGCCCGCCGGGGCAGGAGCGCCCUCCGCAGGCUCCGCGCGGAGUGGAAGAGUCGCCUGGAGAAGCGGGCGCAGACGGUGGAGGCCGCGGGCGACCCGGCGGAGACGGGGGCCUCCGGCUGA